UGGCCAUCCACAUGUUUUGUCUGUGGACAUCUCUGGUCAUUUCCUGUCCGCAGUCUCUGAUCAUUUCCUGUCCGCAGUCUCUGGUCAUUUCCUGUCCGCAGUCUCUGGUCAUUUCCUGUCCGCAGUCUCUGGUCAUUUUCUGUCCGCAGUCUCUGGUCAUUUCUGUCCGCAGUCUCUGGUCAUUUUCUGUCCGCAGUCUCUGGUCAUUUCCUGUCCGCAGUCUCUGGUCAUUUCCUGUCCGCAGUCUCUGGUCAUUUCCUGUCCGCAGUCUCUGGUCAUUUCCUGUCCGCAGUCUCUGGUCAUUUCCUGUCCGCAGUCUCUGGUCAUUUCCUGUCCGCAGUCUCUGGUCAUUUCCUGUCCGCAGUCUCUGGUCAUUUCCUGUCCGCAGUCUCUGGUCAUUUCCUGUCCGCAGUCUCUGGUCAUUUCCUGUCCGCAGUCUCUGGUCAUCCUCCUUACUGUGUCCGCAGUCUCUGGUCAUCUCCUGUACUGUGUCCGCAGUCUCUGGUCAUCUCCUG